CAUCACAGGCGAGCGUCAGUGCCCCAAGAAAGCACCCUUCCCACCUACGAGCACGCACGUGUGCACCCAACCGCCCUCCCACCCGGGCGGGCUCCUGCCUGGCCUCGCACAGCGACCACGUCCCGGGAAACGGGUCCCAAACACCAGGAACUGAAAGCAACCGCCCCGCCUUCCCCCGAGCUGCCCACGUCAAAGGCAACGCGUCAGCGAAGGGUCGUAAAGCCUCGAAGAAGCGCGCAGCUCUUCCCUCUCGGUGGGGAUCCCGGCUCUGCCUUCCUUUUUUCCUCGUUUGAUCCGACGCAAGCGAGGGCGAAGGCUGAAGUUUCGGCUUCUGGCGUCCGUUGGCUCCCUGAGCUCUGACCGACUGCAAACCGGUCGCUGGUGGUUGGGGGACCAGGAAACAGAGGGAGAGGCCCAUGACCUGCUUUCGUCUUCCUUAGCGACUUCAGCUCUUCUCAGGGGUGGGCCACUGGGGAGAAAUGGGGUGCUGAUGGGCAAGGUUUUCGGGUCUGAUCCAGCUGGCCUUUCUCGUCACACUCUUCUCACGACGCUGCUCUUCAGCCGCAGGCUGGCUGGUGCGUGCCAGUGGAAGGAUUCCUCAAGAGGACCUGGAAUUCCUUUCUGCAUCUUCUUCGUAGGACUUCUAACCGUUCGCAAGCAAAAACCGAGAGGGUUGUUACUGUUUGCAACCUGCUGGUCGCGCGCUUUGCUCCGGGCCCGUCGGGUUUCAAGCUCUGGCCGUGUGCGCUUCUAUUAGCAGACGCGUGGUAAUGAUGGCGGCUUUCAGCGAGACUUUUCCUGUCACUGGAUCCCAUUCCUCCUCCCCGCGGUGGCCGGGGCAGCUUUUCACGAGCCCGGCUGGGGCUGCUGGCACGUUGCAAAGCCCGGUUGCAGGAGGGGCCCAAGGGAAGUCUUGACCAAGCCCCCCUCCGUCCCUCCCUCCCUUCCUCCCCUCCCCACCCACCUCCCCUCUGGUUCUGACUGCUGGCAGCCGCAGGAGUCUCCCGGGCACCCUACCUAACCACCCACCUACCCACCCACCCACCAUGGGCAUGUUGGACAGGCUGAGGAAGGACUGGUUUAUUCUGGGAAUAGUCCUGGUCAUCACCGUGGCCAAACUGGAGCCGGCCUUUGGGGUGAAAGGGGGACCAUUGAAACCAGAAAUCACCAUCACAUAUAUAGCUGUUUCAACAAUAUUUUUUAACAGUGGGCUCUCACUGAAAACUGAGGAGCUGACAAGUGCUUUGAUGCAUGUGAAAUUGCAUCUUUUUGUCCAAAUCUUCACACUUGUAUUCUUCCCAACGGCAAUAUGGCUAUUUCUUCAGCUGUUAUCUAUCACACCUAUAAAUGAAUGGCUUUUAAAAGGUUUGCAGACAGUUGGGUGCAUGCCACCUCCUGUGUCUUCAGCAGUGAUUUUAACCAAAGCUGUUGGAGGGAAUGAGGCAGCUGCUAUAUUUAACUCUGCUUUUGGAAGUUUUUUGGGCAUCAUUAUAACUCCUUUGCUGCUGCUGCUUUUUCUUGGAUCUUCAUCCUCUGUGCCUUUCUCCUCUAUAUUCUCACAGCUGUUCAUGACUGUUGUAGUUCCACUCAUAAUUGGACAGAUUGUUCGAAGAUACAUCAAAGAAUGGCUUGAGAGAAAGAAGCCUCCAUUUGGUACUAUCAGCAGCUGCGUGCUCUUGAUGAUUAUCUAUACAACCUUCUGUGAUACUUUUUCCAAUCCUAAUAUUGACCUUGAUAAGUUUAGCCUGAUUAUUAUAGUUUUCAUAAUAUUUUCGAUUCAGCUGGGAUUCAUGCUGUUAACUUUCUUCUUUUCUACAAGGAAGAAUUCUGGUUUCACACCAGCAGACACAGUGGCCAUUAUCUUCUGUUCUACACACAAAUCUCUAACCCUGGGAAUACCAAUGCUGAAGAUAGUAUUUGAAGGUUAUGAACACCUGUCUUUAAUUUCUGUCCCUUUACUUAUCUAUCAUCCGGCUCAGAUCCUCCUAGGCAGUGUGUUGGUACCAACAAUAAAAUCUUGGAUGAUAUCUAGACAAAAGGCGGUGAAAUUAACAAAGCAACCCAAAGUGCCAGUGAAAGUAUAACAAUGGAAGAAGUCAAGUAACUGUAUAUAUGUACUGUUUUGUACAUACACAGAAACAAUUCAGAAAUGGGCAUAUGUGAAUGUUGCUUCAGCACUUACUUUAUUUUUAUAGAUACAUACAGUAUAUAUUUAAAAUUCCUACAGAAGUGCCUUAAAUAUAUUUUAUAGAAGCAUUGAUUCCAAAAUCAAAUGGCUGGUUACUGUAAAAGAUUUUGCGCAAAUUGUAGGUGAUUUUUUUUUCAACUGAGUGAAUGAAUUCUGACAGUGAAAAACUGGGCAUUCCAGCCCUGCACAAUCCACAAACUGUUUCUCUUAUACAAACUCAACUGAAGUGAAUGAAGUCCAAACAGAAGCUGCGUUCAGUGCAUUGUACUAAUCAUUCACAAGCUUAUAAGAUGGUUGGUCCUAAACAAAAAGGAACGAGGAACAUUUCUCUUCUGGUUGAUGGUUAAGAAGGCGGUUUCUGAACUUCUAGUCAAAAUUAACUUGAAUUUCUGUGUGAUUCCGUAACCCUCCCUACUGGUAUGGUUGUGACAUGUCUUUUCCUUCUGAGUUUGUGUAUACUCAGCAUGGGGCCAUCUAUUUAAAAGGAACUGAAAAGCAUAAAUUAUUUGCAUUUGUUGACACAGUUGUCUAGACAUUCCUUCAAAGCUAAUGGUUUCUCAAGACAAUUCUCUCAGUUCCAUUUUUAUGCUAUUGUGGCACUGUUUGUCUUAAACACACUGUGAGAUUUUCAAAGUGAGGGCCUGGUGUUUACAGUAGUAAGGAAAGAUCUGCAAUUCCAGGUACUGGAUUUAAAUAUAUAUCUAUAUUGCUGUUAAUAUAAACUGAGGGAAAAUAUUUUUUCCUCAGAUAUGGUACACUAUAUCAGACAGUGACAGAAAAAAUAUCAAACUAAUAUUGCAACAUCCAAUUUCCUACUGUUUUCAGCUUUUAUAUAGUGGUGUUCUUCACUGCCUAUGAGCAGCACACAAAAGCUAGUGAGGGUAGAAAACCCAUGAUUUAUUUAUUUUUUUCAGCAAGCAAGUAUACUUGCAUUAUACGAAUGUAUAAAGCACAGGUAUAAGGAAAGAUUGUACUGUAUUCUCAAAGACUUUCACGGCCGGGAUCUGAUGGUUGUUGUGGGUUUUUCGGGCUCUUUGGCCAUGUU